CUCUGCGCUGUCAUACUGAAUUGCACAUUUCAAGGGCAGUUACCAUUGAGUCUACUCUCCCUCGUCUAACAUAUGAGCACUAUCAUGAACAUGCUUUGCAGAGUUGGUCAAAUACGCAGGUGUGCAGCCAGCCUCAGCCAAACUAUAAACCAGGCAGCUGCUUCAAGGCAGAAGCACACGCUCCCUGACCUGACUUAUGACUAUGGCGCCCUGGAGCCCCACAUCAGUGCAGAGAUAAUGCAACUGCACCACAGCAAGCACCAUGCUACAUAUGUCAACAAUCUUAACGUUACAGAGGAGAAAUAUCAGGAGGCUCUAGCAAAAGGAGAUGUGACAGCGCAGGUUUCUCUCCAGCCAGCACUGAAGUUUAAUGGUGGAGGCCACAUUAACCACACCAUCUUCUGGACAAAUCUCUCUCCAAAUGGUGGUGGAGAGCCACAGGGGGAGCUAAUGGAGGCCAUUAAGCGGGACUUUGGGUCCUUCCAGAAGAUGAAGGAGAAGAUGUCUGCCGCCACAGUGGCGGUGCAGGGCUCAGGCUGGGGCUGGCUAGGCUUUGAGAGGGAGAGUGGAAGACUUCGUAUCGCUGCUUGUGCUAACCAGGAUCCCCUACAAGGAACUACAGGUCUUAUCCCCCUGCUUGGCAUCGAUGUAUGGGAGCAUGCCUACUACCUGCAGUACAAAAAUGUGAGGCCGGACUAUGUUAAGGCUAUCUGGAAUGUGAUUAACUGGGAAAAUGUGAGCGAGCGUCUCCAGACUGCCAAAAAAUAAAAAAAAACCUAAUCCCCAAACACUCACAAUCUCCUCCUUCACUCUGGCCUGGAACAAAUAGUUUUUGCAGAUAAUGUUCAGUUUUUCUUGCAUAGAGUUUGAGUGGUUACAUAUUUGUUUUCAGACUUACAAGAGUUUAGAUUUUCAGUUUUCAGCUGCAUCAAAUUUGACAGAGUUGACUUGAGGAUUUAACUUUAUUGGUGCAUAAUUUGUGAAUUAUAACAACCUGCACAGAACCAGGUGGUUGCAAACUUAAACACAUAUUUGCAAAUGCUUUUUAUCUCAGGUCUGAUCUCAACCUUCAGACUUUACUCAAACGCACAAACUGGCCUCCUCUCACAACAAGGCUGGCUUACAUUAACACCUUCCAAAUGUUGGCUGCUGUACGUGUAAACCUGGUGUCAAAUAAUCAAGAGUGUAUCUUCAGUGACCUUUGUCUUUGCCAGAAUGAGACACUGAAAUCACACAGUGUUACGCUGUCCAUGUUUUUGAUGUAUUAUAAUAAAAUUAUUUCAGUUGUAAAA